CCUCAGUGCUUCAAAUAUGUGCCUUUGACAGGAAGCUGUGGCUCCAUUUCAAGUGAAGUGAAGGUAAAAGAUGUCACACACGAUAUUCUUCAUUAAGCUGCUGUUGGUGCAUUACACAACCCAGAGUCAGGUGGGAAUUCAAGCCCACUGCAGUCAAAAUGUUUCACUGAAGUGUUCAGGUGAUGACAUUGACAACAUGGAUUUCCUCUCAGUGACAUGGUACAAGCUCAAGGACAAGGGACAAGUUGGCAUUAUCAGGAGAGAUAAAGGUGAAAACAUAACGUAUCCCUAUGACUCCACUUCUGUGGCCCAGUUUGGAGAAAAUUACAGUUUGUUGCUUCCCAGGGUGAAACCUGAAGAUUCAGGAACCUACGAGUGUGCCAUCAGUGCGGAUAUAGGACGUCAAAAUCUGAAUUUCAAAGUCAGCCUUACAGUUCAUGAAUGUGUGACCCAGCCUGAACUGACAACAAUGGCAACUGUGUCGAACACGACUCAGUCCAUCCUAUCCUGCCAGAUUCAAGUCGAGGACCUGCCAGUCAUAUGGAGCAUUACGGGCUAUGUGGCAGUGAGCAUCGUGAAAAUCCUUUUGUGUGUAAUCAGCAUUUGGGUUAUUCGCAUCAGGUCUUCAAACCAAGAGCAACGUAGGUGGUGAAGCUGACUGCCCGACCUGUUUGGAGACUUCAAAGAGAUCAUGUAAAUACACAGAAAAGUCUUCGAAAUCAGCACCUGGAACUGAUUAUAUUUCUUAUUUAUUGUAUUUUUUCCUGUUUUCACAUAGAUUUAUGGGGGGGGGGUUUGUGGUGGCCUCAAUUUGGAAAAAUUCAAAGAGACAUGAGAGGAUGUAAACCUUGUAUAGAGGAACAAACCACAAUCACUUACACAUGUAUUUGUAAAUGGAAUCUAUUGCAGUAUAUAAUCAUUGUGAAAACUGUAAAGUAUCUUUUACCAACAUUCAUCAAGUUCAUUACUUAAAUCCAAAAUCUAAACAAUACACUGGAAUAUGUAAAAUAAUAUAUUUGCUUUGAGUUUCCUCAUGAAAACUCAACUGGGUCGCUGAGCUUGUGGUUUCACCCACUGCAUGCUACACUUUUAGUUCCUGUCCUAAAUUAAGCGCAAAAAAAGAGUGACAUUAUUCUGAAACAGUGACAUUACAACAAUAAAAAAAUGAAAUCUUGA